UAAAUCCCCACCUCAAUUUCAUCAAACAAGACUCCGUGAACUCCCAUUGGAUACUUCACCAGCUUUUCCUUAGCUAUAUUUUGGAGUACUAUUUAGCAGUUGCGAGUUGGCAUUUUAAUUUCAUCUUAAGUUUUGUGAUGGGCAGUGGCCUAUUAUUUUCUUUCAUUUCUGUUGUUGAAUUUUUAUCCAUUUAUUCAUGGCAAAUUUUUGCUGCUCCAUUGAAAUGGAGCCUAAGACACUGAAUCAAGGUCAACUUAACCUCGCCCGAGAAGUUGCUGUUGACAUAGUGCAGAAUACAGAAUCGGACGAAGCAUCAAAUAUAUUUGUAGAGGGAAGAAAGGCAGUUAUUGAAAUAAAGGAGGCGCUAAUGCUAAUUGAGGAAGCACAUUCAGUCGAAAACUGCAAAGAAGAAGAUUGCGCAGUCCAAGUAAUGAAGACAAACGUGGUAAUAGAGGCAUCUUGCCAAUGCUCGUGUCCUUCAGCAAUAAUAGACUCGCCUGAUCAAUCUAAGCUUAAGGAACCACUCUCUGCUCCCUUUUGAAACUUCACUACAACAACGACUACGCCUCAACCCCAAACAAAUUAGGGUUCGACUAGUACUAUCUCGAAAUAAAGAUGCAACAUUUCAAUUUGCUACAUAUAUCAGCUUCUAUUUGCUUUUACCAUGUAACGUUUUAUGAUCCGUUGGCAUUCAAGUGUUCCUAGUAUUUCGGUAUUGUGGAAAUCAUGAAUUCUUCUUUUCAUUUAAAAAUAUUUAGGAGUUAAUUAGCUUUGUUUACUGACAAUGUAUAAGAUGAUUAUACAAUUUAUAUUCCAUUGCCUCAA